UUAAUCUUAUGCAUCAAGCACAAUAGUCAAUCAAUCUUUCAUCAUAUGAUAUGGCAUUAUUCAGAGAGCUUUUCAUUCUCACUCUCUUCAUCACACUAUCAUUUGCAGAGGUUGUUUCACCAAUUCUUGAUGUUUCCUCACUCAAUCGAACUAGCUUUCCAACCGGCUUCAUUUUUGGGACAGCAUCAUCAUCAUACCAGUAUGAAGGUGCUGCAAAAGAAGGUGGGAGAGGAGCAAGUAUAUGGGACACCUAUACUCAUAAAUACCCAGAUAAGAUAGAAGAUAGAAGCAAUGGAGAUGUCGCGGUCGAUCAAUAUUACCGCUAUAAGGAAGAUGUUGGCAUCAUGAGGAAUAUGAAUUUAGAUGCUUACAGAUUCUCAAUCUCUUGGUCCCGAAUCCUCCCAAAAGGAAAGCUUAAGGGAGGUAUAAACCAAGAAGGAAUCAAAUAUUACAACAACCUCAUCAAUGAAUUGUUGACUAAUGAUCUACAACCAUUCGUAACUCUAUUUCAUUGGGAUCUUCCUCAAGCUUUAGAGGAUGAGUAUAGUGGCUUCUUAAGCCCUCUUAUUAUAAAUGAUUUUCAAGACUAUGCGGAACUUUGUUUCAAAGAGUUUGGAGAUAGGGUGAAGUAUUGGAUUACUUUCAAUGAGCCAUACUCUUAUAGCAUUGGUGGCUAUGCAAUAGGGUUUUUUCCACCUGGUCGAUGUUCUAAAUGGUUGAGUUCAAAUUGCACCGAUGGUGAUUCAGGGAAAGAACCUUACAUUGUUUCGCAUCACCAACUUCUUGCUCAUGCCGCAGCUGUCGAUGUGUACAAGAAGAAGUAUCAGGAAUCUCAAAAGGGUGUAAUAGGCAUAACCUUGGUGUCUAAUUGGUUUAUUCCAUUUUCCGACAACAAAUUCGAUCAAAAUGCUGCUGAGCGGGCCGUGGACUUCAUGUUUGGAUGGUUCAUGGAACCACUAACAACGGGAAAAUAUCCAAAAAGCAUGCGUUCCCUUGUUGGAAAACGAUUGCCAAAUUUCUCUAAAAAGCAAGCAAGACUACUUAAAGGGUCAUUUGAUUUCCUUGGACUAAACUAUUAUACCUCUAACUAUGCUACUAAUGCACCGCAACUUAGAAAUGGUAGACGUAGUUACAACACUGAUUCUCAUGCCAAUCUUACAACUGAGCGUAAUGGUAUUCCAAUAGGUCCAAGGGCAGCUUCAAAUUGGUUGUAUGUUUAUCCUAAAGGAAUUCAAGAAUUGUUACUCCAUAUCAAGAAAGUCUACAACAAUCCUUUGAUUUACAUCACCGAAAAUGGUAUUGAUGAGUUCAAUGAUCCAACAUUAUCACUAGAGGAAGCUCUUAUGGACACUUAUAGAAUUGACUAUUAUCAUCGUCAUCUCUUUUAUAUUCGAUCUGCAAUCAAGAACGGCGUAAAUAUAAAAGGAUAUUUUGCAUGGUCAUUGCUCGACAAUUUUGAAUGGUCAUCGGGUUAUACAGUGCGCUUUGGCAUCAAUUUUGUGGAUUACAAAAAUGGUUUGACAAGACAUCAAAAGCUGUCUGCAAAAUGGUUUAAGAUUUUUCUCAAAAGAUAUUAAAUUUUCUAUACUUGAUGUUUACAAUAAUUAAGAAUGUAAUGAAAUAUAUCAAGGAAGUUUAAUUUUAAUUAGUAGCAUGGUCGUUCAUUCUUAGACUUA